AGAUGUCACGUAUGGAUUUCUCGCGGAAGAUGAUCCAACAGCUUCUGGGAUUCAAGCCAGACGAUCUAAAUUGCAUCCUGACCUUGCCUUUCAACAAAGGAUUCGAUGUAAGUUUUCUGACUGAGACACUAUGGAAAGACUUCUGGACAAGACUGGAAAAGGAAAACGAUAAGAAGUCUUGAGAGGACAAUCUUCCAGUUUUUAUGGGGAUCCAAGUGGGAGAGACUGAAGAGAGAAGAAAUGAAGAAACCCAAAGGAAAAGGAGGCAUGGGGGUUCCAGACCUAUAUUUGUGUCUGGGUGCACAUUACACCUGCACCCACAUGCGACAAGUAAUGACUGAACAGGGCGGUGUAAAGACACGUGCAAUGUCUUACUAUUGUAUGGGUUCAUACCUCCGUAAGCUAAAACUGAUGCCAAGUAAUUUGAGAGUACCUGUAGCCUUUCAGUUGCCACCUGCUUACGAGGUCAUCAAGACAUUUUUAACACAUUUUAAUCUGGAAAAUGAAAGUAAGGACACUCUUUUAAACCAGCGUUUUUUAACUUCUGUUGUACAGGCUCGAAGUGACCCAAUUCCUGUUGCGGGACUUGCAGGUGGGGAGGCGGAGGCGGUGUGGAAAGGCAUUAGCCGCCCUGGUCUCCCAAACAGACUGUUGGACCUGUCAUGGCAAGUGGCACAUGGGAUCCUCCCCGUCAGGGAUGUUAUGCACUCCAGAGGAAUGGCAGCCAAAGCGGCAUGCCCCCGACCCGGCUGUGGCGCACCGGAGACGGUACGGCACCUCCUCUGGGAGUGCAGUGCUGCUAUCGACCUGUGGACAACAGCCGGCGCCCAGGACUUCCCGUACUUGCCAGCAAGGGAGGUCCUGACAGCACACCUAGUGCUCUAUGGGGUGAGCCAGAGUACGGCAAAACCAGAAAAACUCAGUGAUGAGGAAAGGCUCACCCUAGCCGCCAUCAAAGACGCCAUUUGGACCUCCAGAAACUUGCUGGUGAGAAAUCACAUGCAGAUCCCCCCCGUGGCUGUGAUCCGGAUGGCUGCAGCCCUGAGGACAUCGUCAGGGUUGCGGGCGGCGAGCCAAGGACACAGCCACAAAGAAGAAUCGCCUCUGUGACAUUCGGAUGGUGGAGCCGGAGUCCACGAGAAAAGGUUGACGCAGCAACACCCUGACAUCCCAGCGCAUAGAUGGAGGAUCCCAAACCACACCCCAGCUGUGGGGUCCGAGGAAAAAGGGUCUUUUGUGGAGGAGGAUCUGGGUACAUUUUGAUGUUGGCAUGACUGCCAUCCGCCCCCCAGUCUGGGGACCUCCAGGUUGAGGGUCAUGGAGAACUGCAACUUAAAAGGAUCACAGCCUUCAGACAAAUGACAGAGAUCAUCUAGUUGAAUAGUUCCUUUUAUUGUAAAUUUUUCUUAAAGGCAUUGUAAACUGAUAAUUGUCAAUAAAAAUUUUGAA